UGCAUUUACAUUGAUGCAUGUUUAUUCGAGUUUUAAAUAUGCCGACCCUUGGUUAUAUAUUUCAUUGUUUCAUGGUAUUGCGAAAUGAUGUCGCGUCAGUCAGCACUGGUCCAGCAGCAGCAGCUCAUCCAUCCAGCGGUCUUGUCUUGUCUUGUGUUCAUUCAUGUCAUAACAAUAUCUCGGAUUGUUGGUGCGCUGUAUAAAAAAUAGAUAGUUGGGGGUAGACAUGAAGUUGUGUUCUCGUCUGUCCACAGCGAAAGCUAUCAUCAAAGCUCCUGAAACUUCAGCCACACUGUUGUUAUGGAGCCCCAGGAUGAGGCUGCCUGCUUGUUUGAGGACCCUGAUUUCCCUUCGGAAGCGUCCUCCCUGUGCUCAUCAGAUGUCACACCCAUCUCUGCACUGCAAGGAGACAUCACUUGGCUCCGUCCCCAGGACAUUUGUCAGUCUCCUCGGCUUUUCCCGCUUGACCCACCCAAGGCUCAUGCCAAGCAAGGCAUUCUGGGAGAUUGUUGGUUGUUGUGUGCCUGCACUAUGCUGCUGAAGAACAAGGACUUGAUGGACCAGGUGCUACCAGCAGGUCAGCCGCAGUGGGGGGAGCAGGGCUACUCAGGGCGCUUCCUACUGCACUUUUGGCAGAGGGGUGCGUGGGUGGAGGUCCAGGUGGAUGACCGCCUGCCCUGCAUCGACAACAAGCUCUGCUUCUCCCAGUGCCUGUGUCCCAGUGCCUUCUGGGUUGCACUGCUGGAGAAGGCGUAUGCCAAGCUGCACGGCUCCUACGAGGCCCUAUGGGCGGGCCAGGUGUGUGAGGCGCUGGUGGACCUGAGCGGAGGUGUGGCAGAGCGCUGGAGCCUCCGACACUCCACAGGGGUCAGGGAGCAGGAGGAGGAAAGAGAGGACAGAGGAGACGCACCACCUCCUGCCAGGAGGAGAAAGGAGCUGAAGCUGCCUCAGGCAGUGAAAGAGGGCUGCGCCAUCAGCUGUUCCUUACACAACAACACAGGAGGUGUCAGUGAGCAAUGGCAGUACCAUGCCAUGAGUGUGCUGGAGUGGAGAGAUGUGCAGACUGUUGCCGGGGAAACUGAAUGUUUACUCAGAAUCAGGAACCCAUGGGGGAGACGGUGCUGGAGUGGGGCCUGGGCAGAGAAUGGUACUGGCUGGAAAACCCUGGAGCCAGCCUGUGCCCUGGACCUUCUCAGCCGAACUCAACAAGGGGAAUUCUGGGUCAACAUGGAAGAGUUCCUGAAGGAAUUUGAUGAGGUCACGGUGGGCUAUCCAAUCAUUGAUGGACAUCUACAAAGCAUUUAUACUGGAGCUGUCCUGGCCCACAGGCAGCAGGCACGAGGCCGCUGGCUGAGGGGUCAGUCGGCGGGCGGCUGUCGCAACAGCAGCAGCUACGCCUCCAACCCAAAAUUCUGGCUGAGGCUGGGAGAGCCUGCUGAGGUGCUGCUGUGUCUGUUGCAGCAUGACCCAGAGGAGCGGACCAUGGUGCCCAGCCGCGAUGGGACGAGACAUGGGGGCACCACGCCGCGGGGGGUUAGAGGUCUGGAGCGCAGACACCAGCACGCUAUCGGACUCCACAUGUGGAAGAUAGAGAAAAAACACUUGAACCUGUCGCGUACGCUAAACCGUGCCCCAUGUGCGAGCACACACUCGCAUGCGUACGAGCGUGAGGUGAUGCUUCAGGCUCAGCUCAGCGCUGGCUUCCACCUGCUCAUUCCCAGCACCUUCCAGCAGGGGGCACAGGCGAGCUUCCUGCUGAGGGUCUACUCCUCCAGCCCCACCACCCUCAGCGCAGUGAGAAUGAGGGAGGCUGUUGCGCCAUCCAGUUCGGAGGGGGAGUGGGAGACCAGCAGCUGCCAUGGCUCAUGGACGCCCGGCUCGUCUGCGGGGGGUAGCCGGAACUUUCCGUCUCAUGGGCAGAACCCCCGAUUCCCUCUCACUGUGACCUAUGACCCAGGCGGACCCAACGUCAGGGUCACACUGUGCCAGAACUGCUCUGAGUCAGCCUGUCAGGCCAUUGGCUUUCACAUUUAUAAGGUCCUUGACGGUGGAGCAGGCAUGUCUUUGGACCAGGAGCCAGUGGCCAGCUGCGUGCCUCACUGCUACUCCCAAGAAGUGAGUCUGGCCUGCAGCCUGAGAACCGGCGCCUACACCAUCAUCCCUUCCACCUACCAGCCAGACUGUAGUGGUCACUUCACCCUCACCCUGGCCCGCAGAAUACACAGAAAAGUGGUACAGAGCCAGGAAAGCCUGGGAUCAGCCAUACAGGAGGUUUCUUACAUCUCUCUGAUGCGCUGCUAGCUGCCGAUCCUCUCCACUACCGACGGUUCUGACGUGGGUCCUCUCUCUUUGGACGCAGAUGAAAGUGGCCGGCGACUUCCCCUUCCUCCUCUCCACCUCCUCCCUUUCCACCGGGCUCCCCCGGACCCCCGCACCCCCAUACGCUCCAGCAGUCCUCCAGUAGCCGAUUAGCACAUCACAGCGCGUCCGCUGGCCGCUCGCUAAUGGGAGACGACACGACUCCGCGGUGUAAACAAACAGGCGCUCGUCCGCCACUCACGAACAAAGAUGUCUCUCAUGGAGGGGAGCGCGCGCGCGGGGGGGGGGGGGUGGUUGGGUAUGAGGAUCUCACCAGCUGGCUACACCCCUUCAUCACCCAGCAGCCACCAGAAUCACUUUAUUCAGCAAAUGUACAAGGUACACAGGAGUUUGGACGUGGUGAUACAGUGCAGAGAAACAAGACACAAAUAGGAAGAAUACGACACUUCCUCUGUAAGUCAGCAUGCCUCUGUGAACUCGUUCCUGUGCUACCCGAGCACUCUACCUUCCAUCGCCCACCUUUAGGUGCUUUAUGCCCCCCAGCCCUACCCUGUAGGUCCCUCUAUCUCUACACCCUAACCAGUGCCAGGCCAACCCUGCUCGCCAAACCAGCACCAGCCAUCAACUGAGUAGGGGCUAUAGUGAUCAGCAGCCCGCCUCUUAAAGCUCUGAAGUGGGGGCUGGGGGGUAGAUGGGAGUUGGGGCAAGCUCAGAGGGCAGUGAGGUAGUCUAGGAUGGGAUGGGGUGGUAGGGGGAAGGGCUGGGGGGUGAUGGGUAAGGAGGGGGUUGCGGAGUCCCCUUUGGAAGUAGCCGCCCUGGUUUUUGGCUCAGCACGCAGCGACCGCAGAAGAGGCAUGCAUGGCUGCCUCAUGUCCUGGGGGUGACAGGCCAUGGCCCAUUGAGGGAUGAACGCACGGUGGCCUGACCAGCGUGUGUGUGUGUGUGUGUGUGUGUGUGUGUGUUUGAUGGAGGGUGAAAGAGAACGUCUGUUUAUUAAGUGGUAAAUGUUGUUUGCUUGUUUCUUGGAAAGCUAAAGUACAGUGAAAUGUAAACAAGUAAAUUAUGUCCAAAAUA